AUGGGCGGGCGGAUGCUCAGCUCGGCUGGCCCGCACCGCUGCUGCUGCUGCUGCUCUCUCUCUCUAUCACCAUCCACCCCGUCGGCACUCCCAUCCGCUUCAUCUCGCCUCGUCACCAUCCUCCGCACGUCGAGAUCUUCGGAAUCGACCGAGAUCGCACGUCUACUGUACCUCGCUGCUACUGCACCGUGGGGAUCUCACGCCACCACACUCAAGCUCGCAUAUCCACUCUCUGCACGCGCAACAUCCGCCCGCGCCUUCAUCUCGGCGCGUAUCGCAUCCGCUGCCCGUUCAUCAAUCGUCAUCGGCACCGCGACGCUCGAUACUGUACCGUUGCAGUCGUUGCGCUCAACAAUGCUGUCUUGCCCGCCAGCGGCAUCCCAUUAA